AAGCGUCGAGAUCAAAAUUUUUAUUGUGUGUAGUUUUAUUUAAAUUUGUACGUCUUUUGAAGCUAUUGUAAAUAGAAACUAAAUACGAAAGUACAUUCAUUGUAGUGUCAAUCUGUUAAGUUUAUGUUUAACUUGUAGAAAACUUAUGUUAUAAAUUACUAGAUUGUUUCAAACCGAGCGUUCUGUUUGCCAAUUUUGUGAUUUGUACAAGGCAAGAAGGUCGUGCGCCACAUUCUUCUCUAAGGAGUACAUACCAGUGAGCAAUUCAGUUGAAUUGUGUCAAAAACGCCGAUUAAAUUCCCUUAACGUAUUAUAUUUUGACUGACGUGUGUCUUCAGUAAAAAUAUUUUUCUGAAUAAAAAUGGAUAAUUGGAACGUUUUGGCAGCUCAGACUUCCUCAUCAGCUAUUGGUCGGGAUGGAUUAAACGUUAUUUCAAAAGAGAAUUUGACAAUCGAAAAACUUCCUGACAAGGUAUUACUUCACAUCUUUUCGUAUCUAUCACAUCGUGAAAUUUGCAGAUUGGCGAGAAUAUGUCGGCGGUGGAGACAAAUUGCGUAUAGAACUGAACUAUGGAAAAAUGUAUCAUUGCGCCCGGAAGUAUCUGGCUUACAUGUCGGUUCACUAGAAUCAUUGCUGGCAUUAGUGUCUGUACGAUUUGGACCAACACUUCGUUAUAUUGAACUACCUAUAGAAUUGAUUACACAUACAGUUUUGCACGAAUUGUCAGCAAAAUGCCCCAAUUUGACCCAUAUGCUAUUAGAUUUCUCGACUGCUAUGCAACUGCACGAUUUCAGCGAGAUGCAGGCUUUUCCAACGAAACUGCGUUACAUGUGUAUUUGUCUAUCCGAGGUCAUCUUUAUGGAAGGUUUUAUGCGAAAAAUUUACAAUUUCAUUAAUGGAUUAGAGGUUCUACACUUGAUCGGCACUUAUGAAAAGUGUGAAGAAGAAGAGGAAGAAAUUUACGAAGUAAUCAAUGUACACAAGCUCAAAUCAGCUACUCCGAAUUUACGUGUCAUAAACCUAUAUGGUAUUAACUUCAUAGAUGACUCGCAUAUUGAUGCUUUCAGUUCGAAUUGCAUACAACUUGAGUGUUUGGCUGUCAAUUUCUGCAAUAAAGUAACUGGUUCAACUCUUAAGACGCUCAUACAGCGUUCGAAACGCUUAACUUGUCUGCUUAUGAACGGUACCAGUCUCAAAUCAGAAUAUGUCAUGCAAGCUGAGUGGGAUAAGUGUGCUUUGCAGGAGUUGGAUAUCACCGCUACUGAUUUAUCCGCAGAAUGUUUAAUUGAUAUGCUGACAAGAAUUCCAAAUUUAAAGUUUUUGUCUGCGGGACAGAAUAAUGGUUUCAACGACUCAGUUUUAAAGCAAUGGAUGGAGUCAGGAUUGACACGUUCGUUGAUUUCCUUGGAUUUGGAUUCUUCAGAUAAUAUUACGGAUGAAACAUUGCAAAAGUUUUUACAUCGUCAUGGCGCACAAUUGAUAAGUGUUUGCCUAUCAGGUAUGCCACAUAUUACUGAUCAACUUUGGAUGAGUAUUUUGCCAGUGUUAACCAAUGUCAAAAUUAUUGUUAUGGGAACAUCAGAAAAAUUAGGUGUCAAUAUACAUGUUGAUCAGUUAAUGGACACAAUCGCCUCUAAUUGUGGUAAUUUGGAACGCUUGGAAUUAAGAUGGGAUCCCGAUAAUCUACGCUUUUCAGAUAAAAGUCAAAAGGCCAUUGAUUUGUUACGAGUUAAAUGUUUAAAGCUCCGUUGUAUGGUUUUAAGUGAUGGUCGCUAUUAUGAAACGGUGAAAGCCAACUUCGAGAGAGCUGAUCGGAUUACUGUGGUUCGAACUACGACUUGCUGUCGUGUCUCACCAUAUCACUUGUUAAGAAACUAUAACGAUUUAAUAUUCAAUUAAUUUUAUUUAAAUAUUUACAAUUUUGAACUAAAGCUUAAAUUAAAUAAAAUAUGUACUCUAAUCAUUCAAGAUUAGAUUUUAUACUCAAUUAGAUUUUUGUAUUGUUCUAUUCAAAAUUAACACAUGUGAUUCAAAUUAGUACAUGCUAAAAUAGAUAAAUCUAACGAAGUUAUACAAUACAUAUAUUAUUAAUAGUAUACAUUUGCUUUAGAUUUCAUCAUAAUCAGACUUCAUAAAUAAAAACUUUUCCCGUUUUAAAAACUUUGCUUUGAGGCGAUAACUUUUCAAAAAAUAUAUUUAAAAAAUAAAACAUUAUAAAAUAAGCGAUUUUCAUCAAUAUCUAUGAAUGUAUGUAUAUGCACACAAAUAAGUAAAUAUAUUUACAAG